UGUUUGCAUACGAAUCAGGUAAACUAUUAUACAGGUAGAUAGAAUAAAGGAAGAUAGAAUGAAAUGACGGAUAUAAAUGAUUGCAUUUAGGUCAUGCAAAGAAAAAAAGAAAACAACGUACUGUGUAUAUCAUUUAGAAAUACGGUGUACAUAGAUAAUCAAGUACAUAUAUAAACGGUACAAAAAAUAAAAAUGUGUGAGUGUUUACAAAGUCGGACUUGCAAAGGUAUACUGCUUGUACUUGGUAUCGUAUUUACUGUGGUCGGAAUAGUAUUCGAUUGGAUGAAUUUUUGCGAAAUGAAAACAAAUGUAGAUCUUUUACAUGAUGCUAAGAAGGAUAAACCAGUGAACGAAUGUAAGAUUCAGUUACAGACAUAUACAUGGGUCUACUUUGCUUUUGUUUUACUGAAAUUGGUUAUAUCUGUUAUCGAAAUACCAGUAGACAUAUAUCGAUAUUAUAACAAUACGGAUCCAAUUGUACGUUAUUUGAGGAUACUUUUUAAUGAUUUCACCAUGCUUAUUCUGAAAGUCAUCGUCGGUGCUUUUGAAUGUGUCAGUUUAAUAAUGCUUCUGAUAGUUUCAAGCUCAUGUCUCCGUUUGGAAGGAAAGAAUGUAUUCCCAGAUAUCAGUCCUGAUCUCCUAAACGAUUUUCUUGGAGGUAUUUUCGGGCUUUUUGGUAUUGUUGUCAGUCGGAUUUUAAUAAAGAACAUGGAGAGAAUUGUCAAUGUGUGUAAAAUAUGUUGGAAUGCAUGCUGCAACCAGCAGGCACCAGGAGAACAGGAAAUAGCAGAUGUUGGUGGUCAGGCACCAGGAGAACAGGAAAUAGCAGAUGUUGAAACUAAUUGUUGCAAUGGCUUUUUUCUGAUUAUCUUCAUUGUGCUCGUCAUUGCAUUAACUAUCUUAAACAUUUUACUUCUAUAUGCUUUUUGCAGUGUAAAUUAAAUGUAAAACUAAUUGUUAUCCGCCUGAUCAACGGGGCAUGGUUACAGGAACUUGUUCAGCUUUGUAUCAAUAUUCAAUUAUUUUCUCUUUUAUUUUCAGAUAUUCAUAACAAAUUGUGUAUGUUUCUUCUAUUGACAAAUUAACUUCCUACCUUGAAAAUGAAAAAAAAUAUAUAUAUG